AUGCCACCACAAACCCGCUCUGGCGGCCGGGCCCGGGUUGCCCCUCCUCCCGACCGAGUCUACAAGUCCACUAAGCCGGCCAAGCAGGCAACGUUCCCGCAUCGUCGAACUGAAGUGCGAACGUACAGCGCCCGCAAGCCAACCGCUCGUAUCUCCGAUCACCAGCAGAGGACUCUGACCCAAAUGUUUGAGACCACGCGAUCGUCACCUGUGCGGUUCGACCUAUCCGAUGAUGAGGAAGACCCCGUGCCCAGGAAGAAAAGAAGAAAGACUGCCGGGGAUUCACCGACACCGAGCUCUUCCUUUCACACGCAGACUCUGACGCAGAUGUCAAGGAGAUCUUUGGAGAAAUCCUCAGGUGACGAGGAAGAGGACGACGUGUGGCAGUUCCAGCCCUCGGACGAUGAGAUAGAGAAGCAUGCGCCGGUACUUCCUUCUGCCAAAGACAAGGAAAACCAAGUACCUGGCAAGAAGGCCCUAAGCAGAACGCCAUCCGUCAUUCCACAAACACCAACCAACAAGCGUGUCAUUCUCGAGAUUCCGUCGUCGCAAGGCAGCCCCCUCACGCCCAUGCUGGCUAGGUACAGCCCCGCGCCUAAGAGGUCUCCCUUGAAAAACAAGUCGACCAACACAAUGUCACCGCUGCCGAAGCUUACUGGAUCUGUCAAACGCCCACGAACUCUUACUGUCCAAGACUCUUACGCGACCACGGGAAGCCAAGCCUCAAGCCAGCUCACUUCUCCUUCCAAAAUGCCACUGCAGCCUGCCAAGAAUGUUCGCUUCAUCACGCCGCAUCCCACGGCCAGCCUAGUUCCGAUGGAGGAAGACGAAGAGGAGGAAACGGAAGGCGAAGAACAGGAAGGACGCGACGUCAGCCCAUCGCCCCGGCGACCGGCGAGAUCACCUCUGCGCGAAAUUGCCGACUCUGAGGAUGAGCUCGACGACCUUGAAAUUCUAGAUGAAGAGGCUGAAGGGUACGACGCCGUUGGCGAAGAAACGCAGGUCCAGAUGGAUCAACUGCUUGCUUCAUCGGAAGAGAAGCAGGCUUCCAAGGAGGCAUCCCCUGCAGAAGAGGACGACUCUGAUAAGGAGAAUGUCACCCCCGCCGCCAGCGACGAAGAUGACGAGGAAGCCACGGUGGUUUUGUCAAAGCCGUUCGCGUUUCCCAAACUCGCGCGCCUGGAUUCGGGUGCAUCAGGGCGCAGGGAGACGGUGGAAGUCAUCACGUCUUCCCCUGAGCCUACCCAUAACAGCGGCUCAAGCGUUAUUGGGGAAGCAAGUGGCGAGACCAAUGACGAGUCUGUUUCUCAGACACCAACUCAAGGCCAGAAAACACCCAAGUCCAAGGGAAAGGCUUCUGUCGAGACACCAAAGACGCCUCAUACGCAAGGGUUGGAAAGCCAGCGGCUUCCUCAAGACGUCGUAGACGGCAUGGGCCCCCAGGGCGAUCGGACAGACAUCUUCAUCUCCAUCCGCCCGGAACACAUGGAAAAUAUUGUGGCCGGCAGGAAAAACUACGAAUUCCGCAACUACAAGAUUCCGCAUACUGUCUCGCGAAUGUGGCUCUACGUCACCCAGCCCGUCGGAGAGCUGAGGUACAUGGCUUGCUUCAGCGAUGCAAAGACGCCGGGCGAGAUCGACGAAGAUGGCAUCGGCAACGCGGAGUUCAACCAGAAGAAGGGUUCUAAGUUUGCCUAUCGCCUGGACAGACUCUACGAGUUGAACGAUCCGUUAUCUCUUCAGUACAUGAUGGAUCGCGAUUACCUGCACGGGCCGCCACAGAAGUACAACUAUGUACUGCCGGCCGUUGUUGGGCAUUUGAUGGCCAACCUGCGAUGUUCAGUAUUUGGAGACGAUGAAGAUGAAGAUGAGGAAGACCGAGCCGAAACCGAAGCCAAGCCCGAACCUGAAACUGGCAGGAAAGGGUCGUUGCCGGCUGCCUCAGGACCUUCGCAAGAUCGUACAAUGUCUCAGGAACUGGCUGAGCAGAUCCGAAGCGACAUCGAGCGCUCGACGCAACACCACUCGUCGGACGCCGACCUGCUGGUGCCAUCCAGCCAAACGCCAACCAGAAGUCGACGCAAGUUCGGCACGGAGCUCCAUCUCACCAAGCCCACGUUGCCGCCGACCCCCUUCAGCCGGCCGCCGAAUCCCACGCCACGCCGGGCGGUGCGGCCUUCGCAGGCGACGACGGUGAGUCACGCAUCGAGCAGCCCCUCGCAGAUGCGGUUCGAAUCGGUGCCGCGGCCCACCCACGCGGACUCGAGCCUGCCCAUCUUCGUGGACGACGAGGACGACAGCCCGAUCCGCCUGCCGUCCGGCACGUUCCAGCUGGACUCGUCUCAGCUGCUGUCUAAAAGCCAGAUGCUGCCCGAGAGCCUGCUGUUGGAGAAUCGGGGGGACGAGGACGAAGAAGAGAUUGUGUUUGAUUCGGAGCAGGACGACGACCUGUAA